AUGCCUUUAGACACCGAAACCCUGGUUCAGUUAAGACAGACAGUCCGACGAUUUGUUGAUGAACGCCUCAUCCCACUGGAACAACAGGUGUCAGAAACCGACCAAAUGCCCGCGGAACUUGUGCAGGAAAUGCGCGAACUGGGUUUGUUUGGCCUGACCAUUCCGGAGCAAUAUGGUGGCCUGGGAUUAAACACUUACGAAGAAUGUCAGGUAGUCAUGGAACUGGGUCGGGCCGCUCCGGCGUUUCGAUCGAUCAUCGGGACCAACAAUGGCAUUGGCUCGCAAGGCAUUGUCAUGGAUGGCACCGAGGCGCAAAAAGCACAUUACCUGCCGCGCCUGGCCAGCGGCGAAUACAUCGGCUCCUUCGCUCUGACCGAGCCGGAUGCUGGCUCCGACGCUGGUGCUGUAAAAACCAAAGCCGUCAGAGACGGUGACGAUUUUGUCAUCAACGGCACCAAACGCUAUAUCACCAACGCACCCAGCGCCCAGGUCUUUACGGUUUUUGCGCGCACAGAUCCUGACUUACCAGGCUCUCGCGGUGUUUCUGCCUUCAUCGUCGAUGCCAACACAACAGGCAUCUCCCUGGGUCCGGCAAACAAGAAGAUGGGACAACAGGGCGCCCACGUCUGCGACGUCAUGUUUGAUGAUGUGCGUGUGCCCGCAGAUAACAUCAUUGGUGGGCUACCCAACAUGAACAAAGGGUUUCUGACGGCGAUGAAAACCCUCGACCGCGGGCGAUUACAUAUCUCCGCACUGUCUGUAGGUUGUGCAGAGCGAUUGUUGGAUCUGUCGGUAAACUAUGCAGUGGAGAGGAAACAGUUUGGCCAACCCAUCGCCGAAUUCCAGCUGCUGCAGGGCAUGAUGGCAGACUGUAAAGCGGAGAGUUAUGCCGCACAGUGUAUGGUGCUUGAUGCUGCCAAACGACGGGAUGAAGGGGAAAACGUGACUACCCUUGCUUCCUGCUGUAAAUUAUUUGCCACCGAAAUGGUCGGGCGAGUAGCGGACCGAGCCGUUCAGAUCCAUGGCGGCGCAGGCUAUAUGGAAGAAUAUGCUGUGGCUCGUUUCUACCGAGACGUGCGUUUGUUUCGCAUUUACGAAGGCACCAGCCAGAUUCAACAGGGCAUUAUCGCGCGCAAUCUGAUCAAAGCCGCCAGCUAG